AUGGAUCGAAUAUGUGAAUUAUGUCAUGAUAUGUAUAGCCACCAACAACCAAAUAUGAGAGCUGAUUGCAGAUCUGAUUGUUUUAGAAAUACCAAUUUUAAACGAUGCCUUCGAUUGUUUAAACCAACAGGAAGAAGUUCUGCUCAAAGGCACAGAAUGCGUUUCUUAGAAGAAUCAUUACAUUCCUUUUUAAUUGCUUGA